UUCUACUUCCGGGGACAACGCUUCUGGUUCCCAGCUUCUUUGUAGGGGCAGGUAAUCCAGGCUACAAACAUAGCAAAAUAAAAGAAUGGUGUAUUGUUAUGCAAUCGGGUGCAAUCACCGGACGGGAGGUGCAUAUUCUUGCAGCCUAUUUAGAUUUCCUAUUGACCCCAGUGAACGAAAAAAGUGGGCCGAUAGAUGCAAGCGCGCAGACAGAGAGGUCAACAGCCAUGACAGAAUUUGCAGCUGUCACUUUGUUGAUGGCCUUAAGUAUAAUGGACCAACAAUUUUUGUGUACAGCAAAAAUGUUUAUAGAUUCCCAGAUGUACCUACAAAAAAGAGAGGAAAAAGGCCUAAGCUAGAUAAUGACCAGAUAGUUGUUGUUCCUUAUGAUAAAGCCAUUUCAACUGGAGCUUUCCUGGAUCACAGCUAUCAUCUAGUGCAGCCAUAUACUGAUGAUGUCCAUGUGGAGAACCCAUCAAAUCAUGCAAAAGAAGAUAUGUCUACUAAUGAAGGCGACUUGAAGAUAGUGGCAGUAUUCUCGCUGGCAAGUCCCGAGAAGGACGAGACUGAAGUCACAUUCGAUAGCGCUGGACAUAAAGAGGGCGUCACUAUGGUGACUUACAAUAACAACAGUAACGAUAGCAAUAACGAAACGCCUACAGCUGGCGAAGAUAUGACGACACUGGGAAACGAGAUUACGUCAUUUAUGAACAACAUGACGUCAUCAGUGAUGUCAAUGAAUGCCAAAGAAGCUUCAAUUCACUCUUGGAUCCCAGAAACAGAGUCUGUUUCGCUAGCUGAGGCCCCGUCGUUUACGACGGAAAAGAAAAAAGACGAAAUUACUCCGACGUUGUUCACGCUGCUACGUAAGCCGGCAAUGGCGCCGGUUAUUGACGUCAAUGUUGUCUUAGCCGGACGCGAGAAUGUUGAUGCCCCUCCGUGUCAAUUUAAGGAGGGUGUAAAAACGUUUCCGUAUGAGGAUUUCGCGGAGAAUCUUGAAAGCAUCGCUCCGCCAGUUUUGCUUCCGGAAGUGCUGGCGCUAACCAAGUUAAAGGGCACAAAACAUGACGCUGACUCGAAUCCGUCGCCGGAAAAGAAGCGAAAGAUCGACCCCUCUUACAUCGUGCUCACUAGCAUAGACCCCUGGCUUGGAACGCGGAGUAGCGUAUCCUGCAAAGACUUCGAGCAUGCGCAGAACGAAUGCUCCAACAUGUGCAAGAAGAUAAGCUUUAAACGUCGACUAGCGCACGGCGAUGGCGUAUUCAACGUUAAAACGCCGAGCAAGCAAAAGGAUUACCAGGUGUUUCUUGAAAAGUAUGAGAAAGCUCAAGAGAUCAAUGCGUCUAAGAAACCUGGAGUGAGAAUGUCUAUCAAGGAUCUUUUGAACAGACAGGAUAACAGAAUACUGAGAGGGUUAAAGGGUCCCGCGAAGAGAUACUCGAAUCGGGUACGGAGAACCGUCGUUCGUGUUCCUGUCGACUUUAAAACGUGGAAUGCGACUCCGCAUCAUGCAAGAUCGGUAAUCAUCGAAGACGCGAAAAAAAAAAUGUUGGAAAACAGGGAGAAAGAACUUUUGGCAGAAAAACGAGCAAGAGAAAAAGUCUAUGAACUUGAAAUGCAUGGAAAAUUAAUCGAAAUAAACAGGAAGGGGAAAACAAGGUUGAAGAAAUUGAAGCAAGCGGCGAAAAGAAAUUCUGCUCGGACUGAAGGAACGAUAAGUCUAUGCGGCCGGGUAAGAAAGUCAAAUCCGCGUUACAGUUGCUUUUUCAUGGAUAACAUUGAGCUGGAACAGAAAGAAAUCGUCGCAGAUAUGUGGGCGAAGAUUAAGUCCGCGCGUGAAGUGUGUUCGAGGAAAUGUAUCAUGGAAGAAGAGCGGUACAGCAAAGAAGUCUUAAAGAAUUCUAACCUAGAAGUGGCACGAACACACAAACAGAAAGUUGACAUUGUUAUUGAACGUGUUGACGAGGUCGAGCAACCUAAAGUAGCGGAAAACAAGCCAACAAAAGGAAAAAUGCAACCCAAAGUAGGGAAUAGUAAGAGAGUAAUACAUGGCAGGAAACGCGUUAUUGAAAGUAUAUGCAAGCGAAGGGAAGCGAUGCGUAUUGGAAAUAGCGUGCCAAGCUUCUAUGCCCAUAGCAGUAGUGAAAGAAAAGCGACGCCAGACGGUGUUCUCAUACAAAACCUUUCUAAGGAAACCUCCUACCUGCGUAGCUUGCUGACAACAAAGUCGUUUUCGCACGACCUUUCGCGAGUGAAAUCCGAAACGCUAGAUAGUGAUGAGGUAAACAAACCUGCGGCUUUGUCAUCAGACGCGAUGACAUUACAAGUUCGCUUCAAAUCGGAGCCCGUGGAUAAUGGUUACGAACAGGUGAACGACGCUCUUUUGGAAGAAAAGUUCAAGAAAUUUAAAGUACCCGAUAAGGUCAAGGAAUUGUUCAUUAAUAAAACUCGGUCACAAAUUUCGACGGUGUCUUUAGCUUCUCUUUCCGGUGCUGCCUUUGGUGGUGUAGAUGUCAUUCAUACUAGAGAUUGGGCUUCCCUCAAAACCUCUACGCAAUACCCUGUGUUAUCUCGACCCAUCGUCUCAACAACGUCCACAGAGACGCUUUCUCCUCCCAAGCCUUCAAUCCGUGGCCGUCCGCAAUCACCGUUGAAUGAAAUGUGAAAAAGCCAACAGAUGGUCGCUGACGUGCUUCGAACAAAAUUAGCGACGAAACCGCUGGUAUCUUACGCCUCACACUAACGAACAUGUCGCAGCAGAAUGUGACCGUUGUGUACCCAAUGCUCCAACCAAGUACACCAGUGCAGUCGAUGGCGAGUAACCGGGCCCCGUCCUUAACCUCUUCUAGCAUGCGGUCCACUUUGUUACUCACAACUAGCUCGGAGCCCAAACAAGUAUUAAAAGUAUUCCCGCCGUUGCCGACAAACCAUAAAACAAGCGACGCAGGUGUUAAAAUAGUUUCCGUUAGUGGCUCAACAGGUUCAGUUACAGCUAGCCCAGUUACGCCCAAUACCAAUGCUAAAUUUAUUUGCUGAAAAAGGUCAACGUUAAGAAUAUUCUCAUUCCGAUGGCAACAGACGGCUCGCAGCCAAUUGCUUUCAUCAUAGACAGGGCUGCGUCUCUAAAGUCAAACGCGUCGACGUCAUUGACGUCACCGAUAGCGUCCGCCACUACGAGUGCUAAUCAUGUUAGUGAUUCAAUCGGCUGCGACGUCAAGCGUUGUCAACUCUCAAGGUCCGUCGCGAACAAUGUUUACUCAAAAGGUUAAGACUACCAAAACAACGCAAUCGGCAUUACUUUAUACUAAUCUUGUGUCGACAAAACCGAAUCAAAACAUGACCUCAUUUGAUCCAGCCAUAAUAAUACAACCAUUGUACAGCUUCAGACUCUGUUCAACGAAACCGCUGAAUAAAAACUUGAAUUAUGCUGUCUCCCAGAAAACGUCAAUUAGUGAUGAUUUAAAGAGAAUAGCAGUGGCAACAUCUGCAAUUGAAACGAUCUCAAAUUCAUCUCUUUCGACCACUUCUAGCGAUGCUCACAGUGCUCAAAAUAAGACAGAAACGCACAAAUGUGGCGCCACGACAUCUGACUUUUCGACAAAACGCGACGUUAUCGAGACGUUUGGGAGGUGUAACAGCGAGAGAAGAGCGACUUAGAAAACUUAAUGAACUGUUCAAAGAGAAACAGAAAGCUGUGGAAGAAAUUCGGCACUAAAAAGGGAUGUUGUGACGAUAUUUCGGACGUUUAUAUAUUCGGAUAAGCGGUUGAAAACUUUGCUUGCGUAUGCAGGCCCAGGCUUGUGUUCACAUUUUUGUCGUUUAUUAUACAUUGUUUAAGUGAAUAAGUUUAGCGAAAGAUUUUCAUAUGACUUUAAUGUUAUAUUAAUAUGUAUGCAUUAAGAAACCCUGUAAAUAAUUUAUUAUCAUAUGGAUCAUCUUUAAAUGUUUAACUGCUUUUUAAGGACCUGCAACAUUUUGGUGACUAUAUUUACUUGUAUUCUGGCUAAGUCUUACCAAUGCAUAUUAAAAGCUGAGGUAUAACGCAUUCGUCGAAAUAAAACAAUAUCCGUGUAUACAUUAAUCAAUAGUUUGAGCUUGUUGUUCGUAAUAUUAUUUAACGUAUUGAAUAAGAAUUAAAUGAUACAUACAAACAGUUUUUGUUCAAGCAUAUGUGUACUCUUAAAUCUUUGCAAACGGCUAUGAAGAACAGAAUUACGUGUUUAACAUAUAUUGAGGAAGUUACAUUUAGUUUUUUCACCGCAUGCAACGAUCUAAUUUUUUGUUUUAAAAUAUGAUCAACUACUUAUAUGUACUAAUGUAUCAGCAAAAUAAUAACCACAUGACAUGUU